AUGGGGAUGGAAUCUGGGAGAAGGGGAUGGAAUCUGGGAGAAGGGGAUGGAAUGAGGGAGAAGGGGAUGGAAUCUGGGAGAAGGGGAUGGAAUCUGGGUAAAGGGGAUGGAAUCUGGGAGAAGGGGAUGGAAUCUGGGAGAAGGGGAUGGAAUCUGGGAGAAGGGGAUGGAAUCUGGGAGAAGGGGAUGGAAUCUGGCAGAAGGGGAUGGAAUCCGGGAGAAGGGGAUGGAAUCUGGGAGAAGGGGAUGGAAUCGGGGGAAGGGGAUGGAAUCUGGGAGAAGGGGAUGGAAUCUGGGAGAAGGGGAUGGAAUCUGGGAGAAGGGGAUGGAAUCAGGGAGAAGGGGAUGGAAUCAGGGAGAAGGGGAUGGAAUCUGGGAGAAGGGGAUGGAAUCUGGGAUAAGGGGAUGGAAUCUGGGAGAAUGGGAUGGAAUGAGGGAGAAGGGGGGAUGAAAUAUGGGAGAAGGGGAUGGAAUCAAGGAGAAGGGGAUGGAAUCUGGAAGAAGGGGAUGGAAUCUGGGAGAAGGGGAUGGAAUGAGGGAGAAGGGGAUGGAAUCUGGGAGAAGGGGAUGGAAUCUGGGAGAAGGGAUGGAAUUUGGGAGAAGGGGAUGGAAUCUGGGAGAAGGGGAUGGAAUCAAGGAGAAGGGGAUGGAAUCUGGGAAAAGGGGAUGGAAUCAGGGAGAAGGGGAUGGAAUCUGGGAGAAGGGGAUGGAAUCUGGGAGAAGGGGGUGGAAUCUGGGAGAAGGGGAUGGAAUCUAGGAGAAGGGGAUGGAGUCAGGGAGAAGGGGAUGGAAUCUGGGAGAAGGGGAUGGAAUCUGGGAGAAGGGGAUGGAAUCUCGGAGAAGGGGAUAGAAUCUGGGAGAAGAGGAUGGAAUCUGGAAGAAGGGGAUGGAAUCUGGGAGAAGGGAUGGAAUCUGGAAGAAGGGGAUGGAAUCUGGGAGAAGGGGAUGGAAUCAAGGAGAAGGGGAUGGAAUCUGGGAGAAGGGGAUGGAAUCUGGGAGAAGGGGAUGGAAUCUAGGAGAAGGGGAUGGAAUCUGGGAAAAGGGGAUGGAAUCAGGGAGAAGGGGAUGGAAUCUGGGAGAAGGGGAUGGAAUCUGGGAGAAGGGGGUGGAAUCUGGGAGAAGGGGAUGGAAUCUAGGAGAAGGGGAUGGAGUCAGGGAGAAGGGGAUGGAAUCUGGGAGAAGGGGAUGGAAUCUGGGAGAAGGGGAUGGAAUCUCGGAGAAGGGGAUAGAAUCUGGGAGAAGAGGAUGGAAUCUGGGAGAAGGGGAUUCAAUUAG